GAUGAUUUGCUCAAUUUACUUUCUACUCUAUUUUCCCAUCCCUUUCUCUUUCUCUGUUCUAACCAAAUAUUCUUCGUCAUGCAGCCAACUCGUCGUAAGAUCUUCACUGAAACCAUGAAGCACCGCAAAAACAAUAAUCUCCCCAUAUUCGUUGUCGUUUUCUCUGUGUUUUUGUUCGGUGUUUUUAUGUACAAUGAGGACGUGAAAUCCAUAGCCGAGUUCCCAUUUUCAAGGCCUAAAGCUAGUGAAAAUGAAAUCCUUGAGGUACGGUCUAAGCAAGAAAACCUAGUUAACGAAUCAAUGAAGAAGGAGAAAGAAAAUGUGGGUUCAUUGAACACAGCAGAUGAGGAAACAAUCGCAAAGGAAUCUGAUCAAGAUUUGAAGAAAUCCAUCGUUCUGACAGAUAAAGAAGAUGAAGAAGAACAAGAAGUAGUAGUAGAAAAGAUUGAGCUACCAGUGAUUGAAGAAGACGAUGAAGAUGUCGAAUUGCCUCCAGAAAGCUGUGAUCUCUUCGAUGGACAAUGGGUUUUCGACAAUAAAACACGUCCUUUAUACAAAGAAGAUGAAUGCGAGUUUCUUACAGCGCAAGUAACUUGCAUGAGAAAUGGAAGGAAAGAUUCUUUGUAUCAGAACUGGAGAUGGCAGCCUAGAGAUUGUAAUUUACCAAAGUACAAAUCAAGGUUACUGGUUGAGAAGCUGAGGAACAAAAGGCUUAUGUUUGUUGGAGAUUCAUUGAACAGAAAUCAAUGGGAAUCCAUGAUUUGCCUGGUUCAAUCAGUUGCUCCCCCUGGAAGGAAGACCUGGAAAAAAUCUGGGUCUCUUGCAGUGUUUAGAAUGGAGGAUUUCAAUGCGACAGUGGAGUUUUAUUGGGCACCAUUCCUGGUGCGAUCAAAUUCAGACGACCCAGACAUGCAUAGCAUCUUGAAUCGCAUAAUAAUGCCCGAAUCCAUCGAAGAACACGGCAAGAACUGGAAAGAAGUUGAUUAUUUGGUCUUCAACACGUAUAUUUGGUGGAUGAACACUUUCAACAUGAAAGUCUUACGAGGAUCGUUCGAUCGAGGCGAUACGGAAUAUGAUGAGAUCGACAGGCCAACAGCAUAUAAUAGAGUAUUAACUACAUGGUCUCAAUGGGUUGAUAAAAAUAUAGAUCCAAACCGAACCAUGGUUUUCUUCAGCAGCAUGUCUCCUCUCCAUAUUAAUAGCACGGACUGGAACAACCCUGGCGGCAUCAAAUGUGCAUUAGAGAAAACACCAGUUCUGAACCAGUCCAUGUUCUUAUAUGUGGGCACUGAUCGUAGGCUGUUCGUGGUUGCAAGCGACAUCAUCGAGAACAUGAAAGUUCCGGUCCAUUUGAUUAACAUCACGAAACUUUCAGAGUACAGAAAAGAUGCACAUACUUCAGUCCAUACUAUUCGCCAAGGCAAAAUGUUAACUCCGGAACAACAAGCUGACCCGGCUACAUAUGCUGAUUGUAUCCAUUGGUGCCUUCCAGGGUUACCCGACACGUGGAAUGAAUUCAUUUAUACACGUAUUAUUGCUCGAUCGUGACAAAUAACCGAGAAUUCACAAUUUUCAUCUCUUUUCGGCUUUCAUCUGGGGGGUGGGCUCCGGUAACUCGGUCAUUUGAUUUUCUAGUAAACUUUGUCUUCAACAUUCGAUUUUAUAGGGGACGAGAACAUCAAAAAUACUUUUUUUAGGGGGUUUUGCCAUAGUUGAUGAUUUUAAUGGGGGCCUGAGGUGGGAGCCCAAGAAUGCCAAGUUUUUCAUUUACUUACUCAGCAAACAUAUGGCCUAAUUGCCAACGAACGAAAUUUGUAUUAUUCAUGUGGUGUAAACUUCAAGGAAACAAUUAAAUAAAGUUCUAUGCAAACA